GUCGCGUCAUGACGCUCCCUGUCACGCAGGCGUCACUCGCAGAGACCCUGCCCGCCGCUCUCUCCUGGAAGCGGAAGUUCGGGUUUGAGCUGCAGACUCCAGAGGCUACAGUGCCCCCUACAGUGUAUGUGUGGUAACAACAUGUCGGUGCCGCUUCUUGCAGAGGCCGUGACUGUCUCAGGGACAGAGCGGGAGACCGCAGCGGUGAUUUUUCUGCAUGGACUGGGAGACAAUGGGCACGGCUGGGCGGACUCUAUGUCGUCGAUUCGGCUGCCCUAUGUCAAGUACAUCUGCCCCCACGCGCCUAGCAUCCCCGUCACCCUCAACAUGAGAAUGAUGAUGCCGUCCUGGUUUGACCUGAUGGGUCUGAGCCCUGACUCUCCGGAGCCGGGCUCGGCUGGGAGUAGCUUGUGUCAGCUGAUAGUCUGUCGUGGUUUCAUGAUUUAUAAUAUCUCUCUGUCCCUCCCCCUCUCCCGCCCCCUCCUGUCUCCAGUCAAAGCCAUCAUUGAUCACGAGGUGAAGAACGGAAUCCCAGCUAAUCGGAUCGUCCUGGGAGGAUUCUCACAGGGGGGCGCUCUUUCUCUCUACACAGCUCUGACCUCGCAGCACAAGCUGGCCGGUGUGGUGGCUCUGAGCUGCUGGCUGCCUCUGCACAAGAGCUUCCCUCAGGCCUCCAGCAGCAGUGCUAAUCAGUGUGUGGCAGUGCUGCAGUGUCACGGGGAGAUGGACCCCAUGAUCCCAGUGCAGAUCGGAGCCAUGACCUUCGAGAAACUCAAGAGCUUCCUGAACCCCCAGAGACUGAUCUUCAAGACUUACCCAGGCAUGAUGCACAGCUCCUGCCCGCAGGAGAUGGCUGCUGUCAAAGAGUUCAUAGAGAGGCAGCUGCCACGGCUCUGACCUCCACACGACCCCCGCAGCGAGGGCCCGCACCCUGACCUCUCACCUUUAACCUGCGAGCAGCUGUGGAAGGAAAGCGCCCCCCCCCCCCCCCCCCCCCCCCCCCCCCCCCCCCCCUUUCCAAGAUGAGGAUUGUUGUGUUUUUUCUGAGGUUGUUUUUAGUUUUGUUUCACAAGCUCCUGUGCUGAUGCAUUGCUGUGCUCUACUGUCUGAACAGCUUCCACACAGCAGCUCAGCAAGAGACAGACAGACAGACACAGA